AUGAAGAACCAUAAAAAUUUAAAACUUAUUAUACCAACAAAUAUAAGUGGCUCGGGAGUGUUACAAAAUACUAUAAAAUUCAUCGAUAAUUAUAAAGAAGAUAAGAACGUCGAGGGAAAAAGUAAUUCAACGACAGAACAGCAAAAAGAUGAAAAGAAACAGACGUUCGAUGAUACAGUGCCAUUUUUAAAAUUGUUUCAGUUUGCAACAGGAUUGGAAAAGUUUUUGAUGUAUAUCGGUGUGCUUUGCUGUAUCGUCUCUGGCUUGACGGUUCCGGCAAAUAUUUAUAUCUUUGGAAAUCUAGUGGGCUCGAUGAUAUCGGCCGAAAUGGGCAACGUGAGUCUCGAAAAUAUGAACAUUAUGAACAGUACGGACGAAACGAAAGAAUAUCUUAUGAAUGCUGUGACAGACUUCGCCCUUGGCAAUACCAUAAUCGCCGUUAUACUAUUGGUAUUCAGUUACUUUGGCAUUAUGAUAUUUAAUUAUACAGCUAUCAAGCAGACUUUCAGAAUCAGAAAUAUGUAUUUGCGAUCGAUAUUACAUCAGGACAUAUCGUGGUAUGAUCUGACGAAAAGCGGAGAGGUCGCGAGUAGAUUGACAGAGGUAUUCUUCAGCAUAAUGAUGGGCUCCAUUAAUCUGGGAGCGGCAUCGUCUCACCUCGAAGCCUUCGGCAUCUCCAAAGCAGCAGCAGCCAAGGUUUUCUCGAUUAUUAAAAGAAAGCCUAAGAUUGAUAGUUUGGAGAGCACCGGACUGAAGCCAACCGACAUUGUCGGCUCGAUUGAAUUCAAAAAUGUUUCUUUCGAGUAUCCAUCGAGAGCCGAUUCCAAGGUAUUGAAAAAUUUAAGCUUUUCCGUUAAAAAGGGUGAAACGGUUGCCUUGGUCGGCAGCUCAGGAUGUGGAAAAUCUACGUGUAUCCAGCUACUUCAACGAUUUUACGAUACUAAUGAAGGACAGAUUCUAUUGGACGGUUAUGAUUUGAAAGAUCUAAAUAUCAAGUGGCUGAGAAGUUGCUUUGGAAUAGUGGGACAAGAGCCGGUGCUUUUCGAUACAACGAUCGCUGAAAAUAUUCGAUUCGGAGAUCUUGACGCCUCUACGGAAAAAAUGAUUCUCGCAGCUAAAGAAGCGAACGCACACGAUUUUAUCAUGAAAUUACCAAAUAAAUAUGAAACUAUCGUUGGAGAAAAAGGAACGCAAUUAUCUGGAGGGCAAAAGCAAAGAAUUGCCAUUGCAAGAGCGUUGAUUAGAAAUCCAAAUAUCUUACUUUUAGAUGAGGCAACAUCAGCUCUUGAUACUCACAGCGAAUCGAAAGUUCAAGCUGCUCUCGAUAAGGUUCACAAGGGUAGAACGACAAUUAUCGUCGCGCAUAGAUUAACAACCAUAAGAGGGGCAGAUAAAAUAAUUGUAAUGUCCGAUGGGAGUGUCGUUGAAGAAGGUAAACACGACGAUUUAAUGGAGCAAAAGGGACACUAUUAUUCUCUUGUUACUGCGCAGGUGUCAGAUUUUACUGAGAGCAGUGAAAAUAAUGAUCAGACAGAUCAGCUUGACGAAGACGAACAACUUGAAACGAUUAUUAAAAACUCCGAAGUGACGAAUGAAGAAAAGCCGAUCGUAACGGAGCCAAGUGUCUCAACCGCAAGAGUUUUACAAUUAAAUAGGAAAGAAUUACCGUACAAUGUCAUUGCAUGUAUAAUGGCAGCUAUAUCGGGAUGUUCCAUGCCAUUAUUUUCUGUACUUUUUGGCGAUGUUAUUGGUGUACUAUCAGAGCCCGAUCCGGAUGUAGUUCGGUCAAAUACCAAUAUUUAUUGCCUUUAUUUUAUUCUUACUGGUAUCAUUGUAGGAAGCACAAGUUUUAUUCAGGUAUAUCUGUUCCGCAUCUCCGGAGAGAAGCUGACGAUGCGGCUACGUGGACUCAUGUUCGAGGCGAUGUUGCGCCAGGAAAUCGCCUGGUACGACGAACCGGCCAACGGCACUGGGUCCCUCUGCUCCAAGCUCUCCACGGAUGCUACUGCGGUCCAGGGUGCCAUCGGCCAGCGCAUCGGGACCAUCGUUCAAUCCUGCAGCACCAUAAGCCUCUCCAUCGGCCUGGCCAUAUAUUACGAGUGGCGUCUCGGUCUCCUCGGCAUAUCUUUCAUUCCCAUAAUUUUGUUUAUCACUUACUUCCAGGGUCUUCUUUUCAAGAUGGAGACGCUCAACUAUCAUAGCUCCCUCGGCUCCUCCACCAAGAUCGCUGUGGAGGCGGUCAGCAACAUCCGCACAGUGAUAAGUCUUUGCAGAGAGGACACUUUCUAUCGGUAUUACGAAAACGCCAUGAUACCUUGUUUGAAGCUCGGGAUACGAAACACACAUUUCCGAGGUCUUGUCUUCGGCUUGGCACGAUCAAUUAGUCUUUUUGCUUACGCCGCCUGCAGUUACUAUGGAGGAUAUCUCAUAAAAUUCAAUGGCCUGUUCUACGCCAAUGUUUUCAAAGUGUCACAAGCUUUGAUAAUGGGCACGGUUAUGAUCGCUAAUGCUUCAGCUUUUGCGCCUAAUUUACAAAAAGGCUUAAUAGCCGCCAAACAGAUUAUAAAUCUAUUAGAGCGUAAAGCUAAAAUUCAAGAUUCAGCAUCAUCGUCUUCGGACCAAUGGGUCUCGAAUGCAAAUGUACAAUACAAGAAAGUGACGUUUGAAUACUCAACCAGACCGGGAAUUAAAGUUCUGAACGAUUUGGAGCUUAGUGUUCCCAGUGGCUUAACAAUUGCUCUCAUUGGUACUAGCGGUUGCGGUAAAAGUACGAUAGUGCAGUUGAUCGAGCGAUUUUAUGAUCCUAAUUCCGGUAUCAUAGAACUCAGUGACGUGGACAUAAAAAGUGUGAAUCAAUCGAAGCUACGAAAGCAACUUGGUCUAGUAUCUCAAGAGCCAACAUUAUUCGCGCGCACAAUCGCGGAAAAUAUUGCUUACGGAGACAACGAGCGCGAGGUGCCGAUGUCCGAAAUCAUCGACACUGCGAGAAAAGCCAACAUACACAAUUUCGUGUCGUCGUUGCCACUUGGAUACGAAACAAUAUUAGGUGAUCGUGGAACUCAAUUAUCGGGUGGCCAGAAGCAAAGGAUAGCCAUUGCCAGGGCUCUCCUUAGAAAUCCUAAGAUUUUACUACUCGACGAAGCUACAUCCGCUCUCGAUUCCGAGAGCGAGCAGAUCGUACAAGCUGCCCUCGACGAAGCCAAGGCAGGCCGAACGUGUAUUUUGAUAGCCCAUCGACUAUCCACAAUCAAAGAUGCCGACGUAAUUUGCGUAGUUAAUCGAGGAAUCGUCGCUGAAAGUGGCACGCACACUGAACUUAUUGAGAAAAAGGGAAUGUACUAUGACUUAUUGUGCUUACAAAAUUGAAAUGAGCGCAUAUUAUAAUAGAAUUUUAUCAAUCAAUUAUCUAUAAAUACUUGACACAUUGUAAAACGAAUUUUAGCAUUAAUAAUUAUAUUGUAACAAUAAUCCACAUUUUUGUAAAGAAUAAUCCAUUUUUAUUGUUAGGAUAUUAGC